CACAAGAGCGAUACUAAAAAUGGCGCUGCCCAUGUUUUCUAAAUUUUAUCAUAGGGCAACAAAACUUUGUCUUUCAAAAUCCUCUACUCAGUAUAUAUUUUGUUGUGUACAUGAAAGUAAAUCAGAAGAGAAUAAGGAAAGUAAGACUGCCCCAGCUGAGUGUAACUGUGAGCCAAGAGUGUUUUCAGGUAUCCAGCCAACAGGAACACCUCACAUUGGAAACUAUGUCAGUGCCAUUUCCAACUGGGUCAAGCUUCAGCAGAGGUACCCCAACAAUGUGUUGCUGAGUAUUGUUGAUCUACACUCAAUCACUGUACCACAGUCAAAGGAUGAGUUAAGAAAAAACAUCCUGAAUAUGGCUGCCUGCCUGCUUGGAUGUGGUGUAGAUCCUGCUAAGACAAUUCUCUUUCAACAAUCAAUGGUACCUUACCACACAGAAUUAGCUUGGAUCUUAUCGUGUCUCUGCACUUUACCUCGAAUAGAAAAACUGGCUCAAUGGAAGGACAAGAAAAGCAAGGUAAAAGAACCCAGUGUUGGUCUCCUUACAUACCCUAUACUGCAAGCAGCAGACAUCAUGCUUUACAAAUCCACCCUGGUUCCUGUAGGAGAAGACCAGACCCAGCAUAUUGAGUUGACCAGAGACCUGGCCAGAGCCUUCAAUCGUGUUCACGGGGUUGUUUUUCCUGACUGUAAAAUGUUAGCAGGUGAAGUUUCAAAAAUCCGAAGUCUUCGUAAUCCUUUAGUCAAAAUGAGCAAAUCUGAAGCCAAUGAAAAAAGUAGAAUCAACCUGACUGACACACCUGAUGAAAUAAGAGAGAAAAUUAAAAAAGCUGUCACCGACCUAACGUCUGAGGUGACGUAUGAUCCAGACAACCGCCCUGGAGUGUCCAAUUUAAUAGAGAUCCACCUAGCACUCAGUGACCUCUCUGUUGAUGAGGUGGUGGAGGAAUCGUACCUGCAAGCAGAGGAUACUGGCAUCUACAAGCAGAGACUGGCCCAGGUCAUCAUAGACAAGCUGGCACCAAUCAGACAGCAGAUUUUACAGUAUCAAGCAGAUCCUGGCUACUUGGCUCAAGUCCUACAGGCAGGAGCAGAGAGGGCUUCUGCAAUAGCUGAACAAACAAUGGCAGAGGUCAGGCUCAUGGUUGGACACAGAUGACCUCUAGACUAGAAUAAAAACAUUUUACACA